AUGAGUCGAACAGGGAAGAAAAGCUCCUCAGAUGGAGAAACUACACCCCAGGCUCCACUUGUCAAUGAGAGCAUCAGGGGGUCAAAAUCCAGGUUCCCCAAAGCUGGAAGCAGAAAAGAGAGCAUUGACGCUAAAACAACUGAUUCCCAAUCCCAGGACAAGACACCGAAGACAAUCUCCUUAGACUUUGCCAAGACUCUCACUUCAGAAACAGAAUUGGGAUCCAGGAUGCAGGAAAACGAGUGGUUUCUGCGGAAGCUGGGCAGAAAGGCUGUCAACAAGUGUCUAGAUCUGAACAACUGCAGGCUGACAGCAGUGGAUGUGACGGAGACGGUUGCUUUGCUGCCUUCUCUCCCAGACUUGGAAAACCUGGAUAUUUCCUGGAAUGAUGUCAUAGGUGGAAACCUCCAUGUAUUCACCCAGCAAAUGCAUCUUGUCAGCAAGUUAAAAAUCCUGAGGCUGGGUAGUUGCAGACUUACCGCUGAGGAUGUUCGGGCACUGGGAGAAGCACUUAGAGUGCUGCCUGAACUUGAAGAGUUGAAUUUGUCCUGGAACAGUAAAGUGGGAGGAAACUUGCCUCUGAUCCUCCAGACGUUGCAAGAAGGGAGCAAGAUACAAACCCUUGAGCUUGUGGACUGUACGCUUACAAGUCAGUUGCUACCUAGACUGCAAAACCUUGAAGUACUCGAUCUUUCUAUUAACAGAAACAUCAGUGGCAGUCUCAAUAGUAUUGCUCAUGGACUAAAAAGUACAUCAAACCUGAAAGUCUUGAAGUUACUUUCAUGUGGGUUGUCACAAAGGAGUGUCAAGCUACUGGAUGCUGCCUUUAGAUACUUGUGUGAGCUGAGGACACUAGACCUUUCCUGCAACAAGGAGCUGGGUGGAGGGUUUGAAGACACUGCAGGACUGGCCACGCUGGAGCACCUGGAGGGGCUGGAUCUUCACCAGUGCUCGCUGACGGCUGACGACGUGUUGUCCCUGACUCCCGUUAUCCCUUUACUCUCGAGCCUUCGGGAAUUGGAUUUAUCUGCCAACAAAGAGAUGGGUAGCUCUUCUGAAAACCUACUCAGCAGGCUCCGAUUUUUACCAGCGUUGAAGUCAUUGAUAAUUAGCAACUGUGCUUUGGAGAGUGAGACUUUUACCGCCCUGGCUGAAGCCUCCAUUCACCUCCCUGCUCUGAAAAUAGUCAACCUUUCUUGGAAUAAGUGUAUUGGCGGCAACCUGAAGCUGCUCCUGGAGAUGCUAAAGCGUUCAAUGUCUCUUCAAGUGCUGAGGCUGAGCAGCUGUUCCCUGGUGACAGAGGACAUGGCUCUCUUGGCAUCAGUAAUUCAGACAGGUCACCUGACCAGGCUGCAGAAGCUGGACCUGAGUUAUAACGACAGCAUCUGUGAGGCAGGAUGGACCAUCUUCUGCCAAAACCUGUGGCUCCUCAAGGAAUUAACUGAGCUGGAUAUAAGCCUUCGGCCAUCAACUUUUAGGAAGUGCGGACAAUGGUUUAGACACUUGCUAAGUGCCGUGACCAAACUUCCCAAGAUCACUGAGAUAGGAAUGAAGAGGUGGCUUCUCUCAGCUUCACAGGAGGAAGAACUACAAGGCUUUGACCAAGAUCAGAGAAGCAGCAUUCACUUUGACCAUGGUGGGUUUCAGUAAGCUGAUUUUCCAAGGCUUAACUAAACUACAUGUCACCCAAAGGAAGAAGAAAAGAACAUGAGUGAAUCCUGGUGAAGUCAAAGGAAUACCAGCUUCUGAGCUGUGAUUCAUGUUACAAGAGCUUUGUAAAUAUAUGUCUAGGAUAAUCUAAUAUGAACAUGCCAUUUUAUGCUCUAUUUUAUGAAACAAUGGUGGCAUUUUUCAAUGGGUUUUCAUUUGUUUGGAUACAUAGUUCAUUUUCUAUUUAGAAGGCCUGACAAAAUGUUUAGAUUCCAGUAACACAUCUCCUUUUUUCUUUCUCUAGAAUUUUCUGCCUCUUUUACUAAAUGUUUUAAAUAUAGGGGUGUGUAUUUAUGUGAGUGUGUAAAAUUCCAAUGUGAAGGCACCAAUGUGAAAAUGUGGAACAUUUUCAUGUUAUCUUUAUCAUCAUAUGUGUCUCAAUGUGGUCUGAUGGAAAUGUAAUCUUCAUCAGAAAGUAUGCCCUUCAGUUGUUUAUUGUUUUUUGUUCUCUUGCCUUUUAUAUCAGAUACAAACCAUGAGUACAAACAAUGGUCACUGACAUACAGAUCUUCAUUAAAAAUGAUCAAAAAUUCAA